AAACAAGACUGCACUCGCGAUGCUUCCUUGAAGAAAUUACCUUUCUGUGGCAGUAGACAUACCGUAUAGCCCAAUAUCUAAUAGUUAUUAAGUAACUUGGUGCAGUUUGCUCCAGCUCGCUGUCAGAUUUUGCUGCUGCUCCAUGCUCUAACGCAAAGAUGGCGGAAGAGGAGAAGAGUGGUGAGGCUGUGGAAAACAAAGACGAGCUGCAGAUUAUGAAGGAGCUGGUGGAUGAUCUGUAUAAAUUCAGAGAUUGUUAUUUUGAGACUCACAGUGUGGAGGAUGCAGGACGGAAACACAGCGACGUAGCAGAAGAGAUGGCACGGACGCUGAAGCAGCUGGAGGAAAAAGAAGACGCUUUUAAACACAAAGCUGAGUUCUUGCUGCAAAAGGGACGAUGUCUGAACGUGGCUCCAGACUUCAGUGCUGCAGCAGAGGAGUGUCUGUCCCGCGCGGUGAAGCUGCAGCCUGGCCUGGUGGAGGGCUGGAACACGUUAGGGGAGCAGUACUGGAAAAAAGGAGAUCUGAUCGGUGCCAAAAACUGCUUCACUGGUGCCUUACAGCAGAGCAAGAACAAAGUAUCUCUUCGCAACCUGUCCAUGGUGCUGAGGCAGCUGCCCGCGGCUGACAACGACGCUCACGGCAAGCAGGUGCUGGAAAGCGUGGACAUGGCCCGGCAGGCCGUGCAGCUGGACGUGAAGGAUGGGACGUCCUGGUAUAUCCUGGGAAAUGCCUAUGUGUCGCUGUUUUUCACCUGUGGACAGAAUCCACAGCUAUCUCAACAAGCUCUAAGUGCCUACACACAAUCUGAGACGGUGGAUCGAGCUGCCUCUUGUUACCCGGAGCUGCAUUUCAACAGAUCCACGCUGUUCCAGUACGAGGAGAUGUACGGGUCUGCGCUCGCUGGCUACAGUCGAGCGGCCGAGCUCGACCCCGGCUGGAAGGAGCCACCAGAGAGAGAGAAGCAGCUGCUGGAAUAUUUAGAGAAAGUGACCGAACUCCUACAGAACAAGGGGAAGGUGAAAGCCCGCCGGUUACGGACGAUGCUGUCGAACCUCAACACGUCUGCUUUGGGCCCCUGCUCGUCUCCUCAGUUUCGCUCCCCGACAGGCCGCGUGGGCAGCCUGGAACCCCGGACACUCUCCUCCCUGACACACGGCCACAAUGCUGGGGUGGCCGCUCUGGGGAAGGUGGUGUUCAGCCUGGCCUCCGAGGGUCGCAUGGCCUUUACGUUUGGCAUGGUGGACAGUGAGGAGACUUGUAUAGUGGUGAUGGUUUACAACACAGCAGAUAGCUGGGGCGUCCUGAUAGGAGAUUCUGUAGUCAUUCCUGAACCUCAAGUCAAACGACACAGUAUAACCCAUAAAGAUAAGUCCUUUGAUUUUAGAAGUAUACGAGUGGACUCUCCUCUGCUGCUCAUCGUCAACGGCAAGAAGCAGAACGUUAAAAGUCAGAUCGCUGCCUCCGUCAGCUACAAGCCUCAGAGCGAGUGAAGCAGACUGAAAGCCCAAGGACCAAGCUUUCUCGUUUUCUCUCUUUUUGCUGGAUUUUGAAGUAUUUGUAGCAGUUUUAUGCAGUUCUGUAAAUAGGUCACCGUGUUACUUUUUUUUUUUGUGUGUAUUUAUAAACCUUUUUUAUACUCCGUGGGUGUGGAGCUGAACGUGGGUUAUUUGUAAAGGAAAGAACCUGUGAUGUGACAGUUGUGACCUCAGUUUAAAAGGAAAAAAAAGAGAGAAAGAAGAAAAAUAUGUAUAAUUUUUUAAGUGUAUUUUCUUUUUCUUGUAUGUUAAAACUAAAGUUCUCAAAAAAAGACAUUUUAGUUGUCACAUAAGAAGUACCUCCCUUUUUUUUUUCUUUUUAAGUAGUAAUGUAACAAAGCCCUUGGAGAACCUGAUGCACCCACAAAUUGAUGCAACUAGAUUAAAUUCAGCUGUCAUUUUUAACCUUUUUUAAGUUGUGACAUGGCCUGAUGAUCAACUUUCAGCAUGCUGUCUAUCCACUGUAACUCAUCAUGUCUCCACAAACCCGUUUUUAUGGUCUGGCUUGUACUGCUUUGGUUUUGCAGUGAAAAACUCAUUCACAUCACAUCUUCGAUCUCAAUAAAGAACUGAUCACAGCUCAGGUUUAAACCAGAUUUGUUUAAAGCUGAAAAUGAAAAUGAAAGGUUUUCUACA